AUGAGAAUAGUCCCUGUAUUGACUCUUAUCCUUGCAGUCGCAACUGCUAGAGUAGCAAAGACAGAAAGUCCAAAGGAAAUCUUGGCUUAAGUUAACAAAGAUUCAUUUGGAAAUUCAGUGUUGUCAGUCCUUCAACUCUAAUUGGCCACAGGAGGACCUGUUGGUGAAAUUCAAAUUCUCUUAAACAAUAUUGCUUCCCAACUCAACGGAGAUUAAAAGAAAGCUGAUAAAGUUCAUGAGAGCGAUACAGUUGCUUUCGAAAAGAUCAUUGCUGACUUAGAACAAGAAAUUGCUUAUCACUAAACCCAAAUUGUUGCUCUUUCAAAUUUGAGAGAUUCCACAACCGAAGCAUUGGGUGAAGCUGAAGUUGAAGUCAGAGUUGUAACCUCAGACAUUGCCAAUAACGAAAAAAGCUUUGCUGAUGAAUCUGCUACAAGACAAUCAUAACAUGACACAUGGGUUAGAAAGGAUGCAGAACACGUUGAUUAAAUCGAUGCCAUUGAUGAAGCCUCAAAGAUCGUUUAACACUUGUAAGCUGGUGUUGCCUUUGCUCAACUCAAAAGUAGAUUCGAAAAAGUCUAAGCCAAAUUGAUGGAAUCCAAGCAUCGCUCUCUUCAAGCCACUCAUCAAUGCCUUGACACAACUUAGCCUCCAAGCAUCAUCAAGAUCUUAGAACUCUUAGCUUAAAUCAGACAAUAAUUAGUUGCCAGCAGAGCUUCCCUUCUUGCCACAGAAGAAAGACAAGCUGCCAACUGGGAAGUCUAAAGCGGUCACUUAUAAGAGGAACACAAGAGAUUAGUUGAAAGAAAGGCAUUCUUAGAAAAUUCAAUCGUCUAAUUCAAAGUCACCAUCUAAGAAGCUGUCGAAGACUUAGAAGAUUAAACUUUAUUCCUUGAAGAUGCUGAAGAUUCAUUGGCCAUUUAAGAAAGAUGGGCUGCUGAAUAAGAAUCCCAAUAUGAAGCUCAAACCUUUGAAAGAGAAUAAUAAUUGGAAGUUGUUGAGAGAUUAUAAGAAGUUCUCACCUAAAAGUUGAGCGCUGCAUCAGAAUUCCUCCAAAUUAGAGAAGAGGUCUUUUGAUAAUGAAGUUCAAUAUAUCAAUAUCCAAAUCUUAAUAAAAUCAUUUCUAAUUUUAA